AUGUAUCCAUCCAGAGAGAGGUUUCGGGGCAGCAGCCCGCCACCAGAUAUCGAGCUAGCCGAACCGAAGGUAACGGUGGAAUAUCUCGAAGGCCAAGUCUCUGGAUUGAGCCUCCAAGGCAAGGACUUCCACCAGUUCGCACUUCUUCCCGUGGAGCUUCAGCUCAAGAUCUGGAAGCACACCUUGCCCAGCACCACCAUGAUACGAACAUCUACGUGGGAAGGGAGUACCACUCUCUGGCCAGUCCUUGAAUUUCCCAAGCCCCCGGAGCCAGGCAAAGUCUACGGGAGGAUACCCACUAUACCUCCUUUUCCUGACCCAGAAGACCACCCUGCUGCACUACACGUCUGUCGUCUCAGCCGCACUAUAGCUCUGGAAAACUUAUUUCCCCUGAACGACGCCAUCUCCAAGCAGAAGAAGGGCAGAUGGCAUGAUUACAUAUCAAGGAAUGACAUUGUGGACCUUGAGAUUGGCAGGCGUGUGAUCCGUAGUCUUGGAGGACCGCGGAAACCUUUUCAGACGCUCAAUGAAGCCUUGAGGAAGGUGGAGGAUGAGAACCCUGGUCAGGGCAUACAAUUCCCUGAAUGUGUCAUCUACGAUGAUCUUCCUGUCUUUCCAAAUCCCUUCUUUGAGUUCAGCAGCCGCAAGUACUGCGUCUUAGUUGCCCUGCCCGAGAUUUCAGAAGGGUACCGUCAGGGUUCCGAAUUCACGUCGGUUCCAUCGGACUACCCAAUAAGAAAAGGCUACGUCGCGGUGCGCCUCUCCGAUAUUGAGGAACAUAUUCUUGGGUCCAAGAUCAGUCUCGGAGCCGUCCCUCCUAGUCUGUGGUAUCAAAAGCCUCGGGAUCCUUGGUCAAGAUAUUCCCAGGAAACUGGAAAGGGCAAAUUCCGACCCUUCAACCUAUACCCCUCGCAUAUCCUAUAUAUCUACUCGCACGUAUUACAUGAACUUGCCUUUGGUUACCACAGCGACUGUGUCACUGCCAGAAGAUAUACUCCGACAAACACGCCCUCGAAAUAUCUCUCAGUAUUCCAGGCACUGAUCAAUGGCAACGACUGUCCAGCUUGCGGAGAGGCCGUGUUGCCCCGGAUUAAAGAGUUAUAUGGCGACGCUAUCGAUUUCGAGAAGAUUGAGAUAUUCGUCUUAUCGUCAAGGAGCUGGGUAGAGUCUCGUGAAGGGCACUGGGAAACAGUGGACGUGGAAAUACCGGACAUUCCGGGGUGCGAGAACAUGUAA